AUGUCUGGCAGUGAUUACCAUGAUUGUAUUAUGGCUUUUACAAAAGGCCUAACUCUGAAUGAAAGCAGUAUUACGCUUAAGAAUUAUGGUAACUUGCUUGUACUUAAAUGCUUAAGAGAAGUGGAUGAUGAAUACAUUAUUAAGAAGGCUUGUGAAACAACCGAUUUAAAACUUCUUGCGAGACUUCACUCUUCACACACGUUCCUCUCAGCAACUGAUUGGGAAGCGGUGACUUUUGUUUGCAAACAUUUGAACAGUUUAGUAGAUUUAGAAUUGACUGACUCAUCCCGUAAUGCUUAUCCUUUUAUGUCAGUUGGUAAACUGUUAGAACAAAAAUGCUUAGAAAGGCUAGUGUUGGCUACCGGCAAAAGUACUAGUAUUGAGUUGGCAAAGGAAGUACUCGACGCAAUGAUGAAGUCAAAUUGCCCAUUGAACCACGAACACGUUAAGCUCCGUCACCUUUGCCUUACUAUUUGCAUGACUGAUGAAUGUGUAUCAUACCUAUGUACAUUUAUUAAAAACGGACAUGCAAGUCAUCUUCAAGUUCUCAAAUUGAGUGAUAAUGGAAUAACUUCAAAUGGAGUAUCCCAACUUUGUGAAGUUCUUAAUGACGUAUGUUGCCGAGAACUUACAUCUCUGAAUUUAAAUGGCAAUGACAUAGGUAAUGAAGGUGUGCGUAUGUUGUGCCAUGCUUUGAUAGAAGGACAUUGUAAGCUUAAAGAAUUGUUCCUUGAUACUUGUUCAUUAACGGCAGGAAGCUUGCAUCACUUAUGCGAAGUUCUUUGUGAUGAACAUUGUAAACUGACUGCUAUUUCAUUGAAAAAUAAUAAUAUCGGUGAUGAAGGUAUACGUAUACUGUGUGCUGACGCUCUCAGAAAACAACAAUGUGAGCUGACUAUUUUGGACCUUGAUAGUUGUUCAUUAACAGCAAAUUGUAUGCAUGCGUUCUGCGACGUUUUUCAAGAUAAACAUUGUAAACUAACUAAUUUGUCAUUGUCAGAUAAUGACAUUGGUGAUGAAUGUCUACGUAUAUUGUGUACUGGAUCUUUAAGAGGAGAACAGUGUAAGCUUACUCGUUUAAAUCUUUCUUUUUGUUCACUAACAGCAAAUUGUAUACUUGAGGUAUGCAAGGUUUUGGUAGAUGAAUAUUGUAAACUGAGUGAACUACUAUUGUCAGCCAAUGCCAUAGGUGAUGACGGCGUACGUAUGCUGUGCACUAAUGCUCUGAAAGAAGAGGAAUGCAAGCUUACUGCAUUAUCUCUUGACUACUGCGAUUUGACUGAUAAAUGUGUACCACUUCUGUGCGAGACCCUACAACAUGGAAACUGUAAGCUUACUGAAUUGGCACUAGCGAGUAAUGAAUUUACUGAAGAAGGCAAGAACUUGCUUUGUAACGUAGAGAGAAAUGAAUGUUGUAAAGCUAGAGGUUUUAGAUUUGGUGAAUGGUAA